GUAAAGUAUUGUGUAGUUGCGAACGCGUUGAAUUUAUUUUUUUUUUUUAUAAUAUUUAAAAUAUUAAAUAGUCAUAUUUUAAUGCAAAAUAAUAAGGUCUUUUUUAUAUUAUUAAAUAUUUUUUUGGUACUAGUGUAGUAAUUACAAAUUAAAUAAAGGGAAAAUAAAAAAAAAAGAAGUAAAAACUAAAUUUAUAUUGUAAAGAAGAUAUUGUCGUUGUGUGUGUUUGUUUACUCUAUUCAGUGCGAAACGAUGUUAUCUCUUUGAUUAAAAAGGAAAAAAAAUUUUUUUUUUAAUUAUAAAUAAAACUUGUUUUUCAUAUUCGUAAAGUGUUUCAAUAGUAGCGUAUUUGCUUUAAUUUUAAAAAUAUGAUAUUAAUGGUUUUUUAACAAAUAAUUUUUUUAUAUUUUAAUAAGAAAAAUUUUGAAGAAAAAAAAAAAGAAAAAAAGAAAUCAGCAGAGCUGAGUGUGUAGUUUUUUUUUUCAUAAUCACACAUACUCGAAUAUACAUUGUAGUUGUGUGGAAAAGAAAUGGAUACUUUUCGAAAAUGGCUCAACAAACCAAAGGCUGACGAUAAAUCUUUAUUGGCGCGAUUUUAUCACGCUGAUCGAGCUUUAACUGCAGUUGCUAGUGAAUUAGACAGUUUUGAUGGACGUGCAGAACCGGAUCGUUGUUCGCGUUUAGUAAAUCGUUUGCGCCAAGGACAAGAUAAAGUUUUGUCAAUAAUAAAUCGUAUAAUGGAAGAACUUUUAGGGGAUGAUCGUGCAUCACGUGCAUUUCGAGCAAAAUUUCCCGAAGAUGUUUUACAAGAGAAUUUAGCUGGUCAAUUAUGGUUUGGUGCUGAAUGUUUAGCAGCUGGUUCAUCAAUUAUGAAUCGUGAAUUUGAAAGUGCAGAAAUGCGUCCAUUAGCACAAGCUGUUACAAAAAUUUUAGAUAGCGUACGAAUUUUAUUACGUGAUCAGUGCCUUCGUAAUAAUAUACCAAAUAGUCCUACACUGAAGUUAGAUAUUAAUGAUUCGGCAACUGAACAAUUAUAUGAAAGUUUAAAAAUAUUUGAUCGUUUGUUUGCUGAAUUUGAAUUACGUUAUGUUAGCGCAAUGGUUCAAGUAAAAUCAAAACAAGAAUAUGAAAUGCAAGAAUUGAUAUGUGUUCUAUUUUCCGAAACUUUACAACGUGCUUUAAAAAUACAUUUAUUAGAGCAAGAUCAAGUUGAUUCAUUUGACCCAGCUUUAAUGUUUUCAAUACCACGUUUAGCAAUAAUUACUGGUUUAGUUGUAUAUAGUAAAGGACCACUGAAUAUGGAUAUGCCAGCUGAUCAAUUAUCAGAAAUGUUUCGACCAUUUCGAACAAUUUUAAUAAAAAUACGAGACUUACUAAAAACACUAAAUAAAAAUGAACUAUAUCAAUUAGAAAAAUUGUUAUGUACGAAUGAAGAAAUUCAUUUAAAAAAUAUUAACAAUAAUAAUUCUUCACUUAAUAACAGUCAAUCUGAUCAACAUAAUUCACAAUCAAUAAGUUUGACAGAAGAUGCGGCAGGAAGUAAAAGCAAAACGGAUAUUAAAGAAGAAAAUUCAUCUACGGAAAAACAAAAUUCAAAAUUAAGUGAAAAACUGAAACAGGAAAAGGAGAAGGAAACGGAACGUAAGAAUGUUGUCGAAAACCAACGAGCAAGCGAAGAAGCGGGAAAAAAUACUAAUGAUUUAGUUGCUGGUGGAAAUCUAAAUUCAAACGACUGUGAUCAAAAUUUAGUUAGUUCUAAUAGUAAUAAUGCAUUAGUUAAUAAUCAAAAAGUUUCAACCUCAACAGUAAAUGAGAAACAUAAACACAAUGAAACAAUACGUAAAUCUAGUAUAAAAUCUACAAAAACCUCUAAACAAAUUUCUUCAUCUAAGUUCUCAAAAUUGCAACAAAACCAAGAUAAUAAUAAUGAUAAUAUCAACUUGGUUAGUAUAUCUCCAACAAAUUCAAUUUCUUCCGCAUCAUCAUCAGCGACCACAGCUGAUAUUUCGUCUGAUUGGACAGAUGACGAUGAUGAUAAUGAAGAUGGUGGUGACGAUAAUGAUAAUGAAGACAAUUUUAAAGGAGAAAUAAAUUUUCAAAAUGAUAUUGCGUCAGAUUUAGUAACAGCCGAUUGUGCUACAGGUUUUUUAAUACCAAACACGAAUUUUGGAAAUUUAUUGCAACAGAAUGAUGAUGCAUUGACUGAUAAUAUUGUAGCUAGUGAAGAUGAAUAUGGUGAUGGAAUCGGUGGUAGCACAAUAACCUCAAAUAAUGACGUUACGAUUAACUCUUCAAAUAAUGUUGCAAUAGGUACUUUAUCGUCAAUACCAUCUAAUAUCUCAAAAAAUCCGACUGACAACAUAAAAAAUAAUAAUUUCGUUGAAGGAGUUCCACUUUCGGCUGGGAACGAUGAUUCUGCAAAGAAAUUGAAAUCUUCAAAAGUUACAACAAAAAAAUAUGCGAGUAAAAUUAAAUAUUCUUUAUCAGUUACACCAACAGAAGAGCAACCUAGUUGUAGUCGAAUGGACAUAACAGAUUCAUCAGACGAAAGUGAAAUAUCGCGCACGAUUACAAAACAAGCACAACAACAAUCUUCGAUAGCAUCAACGACAACAACUGCCAAUUCUAAUCUCGAUACAGAAAGCUGUGAUUCAAUUAGCAAGUCUAGUAAAUCUUCAGUUAUAAGUAGUGGUGGGGAUGGUGCUACUUCAUCCACUAAAAAGCACGAAAACAAAAAUGGAAAACUUCAUCGUCAUCAUCAUCAUUAUCACCAUCAUCAUCACCACCAUCGCAAUUGUCAUCAUCAUCAACGUCAUUCAAAUUCUAACUCCUCUUUACCUAGCAGUAAUAGUAGUUCCUCAACUGCAACUAGCACUGAACAUAGGUAUACUAACACAUAUUCCAGUGAAAGUCGGCAGCAAAGAGAUUAUCGACAUCAUUCCAGAAAACAAAGAUCUAAACGUCAACAAAGUACAAAUAGCAGCCAUCGUAAUUCAGCGGAAGCUCCGUCGAGUGGAGAUACUACAUCUUCCUUAUCUGAUGGUGAUCCCCAUGAAGUAGAUUUAGCUCUAAGAGCGGCCGGGCGAAUGAAAUUUAAGAGUACUGAAAGUCUUUUACAUCGUUUGUUUGUUUGUAUAGCUGGUGUAGCAGAUCAAUUACAAACAAAUUUUGCUUCAGAUCUACGCCAAAUACUUCGAAGUGUUUUUCUAAUGAAUACGACACCCGUCCAAGAAAAUGUAAAAAUUUCAGAAAAAUCCAAGGAUUCCGCUGAUUUAUUCGAAUUUCGGCCAAGUGAAAAUGAUGUUAUACAAGAAAAUAAUGCUGGUUCUAACCAAAGUAUUUAUUCAGCUGCUGAAGAAGUGAAUCCAGAGUUAGAUAAUGUUUUUAUGAAUGAAGGUUCAUUCAAUCAAUCUGCAGAUAGUGGUAGUAAUAGCAGCUCGAAUCAGUUACAGCAACUUGAUAUGCAGUUGCCACAAUCACAACGAAAUAAUCGUUAUAAUGAUAGAGGUCAUAGUUUAGAUUCAUCUAAUUCAAUUGUUCAGACAUCACAUCAGCACCAACAGCUGAGUGAAUACAAUAAUAAAAAUAAUGCACAUAGUAAUAUUGAACGCACUCGAAGUCUUGGUGAAGAACAAGAAAAUGAACAAAACAAUAGAAAAUUGCAUUUAUUACAAGAAAGAAGACGUCUUUCAUCACAAGGGAGCAAUUCUGCCGGAAGUGAAAGUCCAAUAAAUUCAUCAGCAAGUAAUUCACCCGUUGAUGAACGAUCAUUACGUACAACAAAUACAGCAAUAAAUUGCUUUACAAAUGAACACAAUUUAGAUGAUACGGUUAUAAACGCUACAGAAAAUGAAACAGCUGCAUAUUCACAGCAACAAAUUGUUUCAAAUCCUAUAAAUGUGAUAAGAUCAUCAAAUCAACGACGUUCAUCUACUUCACAAGUUCUCUCACAAUCAACAGCAAAUCGACGAAAUAUCAAUAAUAGCAGUAGUAAUAAUAAUAGUAAUUCAGCUACUAGUACUAGUUUACCAAAACCCUCACCACCAGCGUGGAUACCAGACGAAGAUGCGCCACGUUGUAUGGCUUGUACAAUUCCAUUUACGGCAUUCCGAAGACGUCAUCACUGCCGAAAUUGUGGUGGAGUUUUUUGUGGUGGGUGUUCAAAUUCAUCAGCUCCAUUGCCAAAAUAUGGUUUGACGAAAGCAGUGCGCGUUUGUCGCGAUUGUUAUGUUCGUGAAGUGGGAACAUGAAAUGUUUUCAUUUUUAUAUUAAGUUUAUACUUAUUUCUUUUGCUAAAAAAUUAUUAUAAUAUUAAAAAUAAAAAGAAAAUAAAAAAAUUAAAUAUUUUUUAUAAGAAUAAAUUUGCAAUAGUUAUAAUCAUAUUAGUAUAUUAAAAUAUUGCAAAAUUAAAUUCCACUGUUAUAUAUAAAAUUUGACUUGAAUUUUAAAAGUUGUUUUAAAGUACUUUAUAAUAAGUCUUUUUCUGAUUUUUGACAUUCUAUAUUAUAAUACGUACAUAUAAUGUGGGCUUUGUAAAAAGAUUGAUAUUUAGAUUUUUAUUAGUUUAAGUCAUUUUACAAAAUUAAUUAUGAUUGUGGGUAAUAUUUUUUGUUUAAAUUUUUUUAUUUGAAAACAAAUAUGUAAUGUAAUAUAUAAUAUUAUACGUAUCUAAUUUAUAUAAUUUAAGAACUGACUUCGUAAAUGCUUAAAGAAAAAAUUAUGUAUGUUAUAUGUAUAUGUAAAUAAGUACACGUAUACACAUUCAUAUAUUGGAUAAUUGUAAUUGAGCAUUAAUU